GGCAUCUCUUCACCGAGACAGCAUGCAGACCCCCAGAACCAGUGGUUGAAAGGCCGGCCAACCAGCAGAUCCACCCACGCCUUGUUACUCACCAGCAUGAGCUCCCCUUUCUCCAGUCCAUGUUCAAGUUCUCUUUCCUCAGAAGAAAAAUCUGUGUCUGUCCUUUGGGGCUGUGAAUUGAAUGACAGAGCAAGGACAUUUGUGGUGGAAGAAGAUGAUGAUUUACUAGAACACCUUAUUUACUUGAGAAUGGUGUCUCUUGGUGAAGAUGCUGAUGAUGAACCUCAUGUGGUAGCUGUAGAGAGCAAGAACAUGGCCAGUGUCCCCAAGCCAGUGCCAAUCGCUUCUCUGUGUCAAUCCGUCUUACCCAUGGUCUCUCUUGAUGGCUUGGAAUUAAUCCCUCCCGUUACUUUUUUACUGAAGUCUGGAGCUGGGCCAGUUUACCUCAGUGGACAUCACCUGAUCUUGGACGAAGAUUCUGAUUAUGAACCUUCAGAUGAAGAGCUUCCAUCUAAACCGGCUGAUGAUGACAUGGAUCAGACCAAUCUUGAGGAUGAGGAAGAUGACGCUACCCCUGAGUCGGAAGCAACAAGAUCACUUCCAUGGUCCCCAGGAUCAAGGUUUAACGGAAGAAACAUCUGAUCAACGAUGAUGCUACGUAGUAGUAUCAAGUAUCACAUGGAGGAGAUCUGCUAACUGAACAGCAUCAGAUGGUUCCCUGUGUUGCUGAUGGAUGAUAUUAUGCAUGCAUGAUUAAAGAUUUGUUGCAA